GUAUCACGUCAAAAAGCCUGGUAACUCAGGAGGGUGGGGAGUUUUGUGUGCAUUUACACAAGUUACAGGACUUGUAGGAGGGCAAGUUACAGACCUUGCUUCUGGUACCCAAGGACAUUCUGAUCCCAGCUCGGGUUUGUAAACAGAAAAGUAAAAGAGAGAGUCAGGGGACGCCAAAGCUGCUCUGGAGGCAAUAGGCGAGGGUCCGCAGCAGCGGAGAAGUAGGAAAGAAGAGACUUCAGGGGACCGGAGUUUGGGAAGACUGACCCCUCCACCUCUGUUGCCCAAAGGGCGCGUGGAACGUUAAUUACAUUAGAAGGCGGAACUUCCUGUCCCGGGAGGUAGGCGGAAGCCGAGUUUAGAGGGUCGCGGAGAGUAGGCGCUGAGAGGGCGGGUCCAAAUCGGAAGAAAUGGCUGCUUCUAUUUUGAAGACUUCAACUCUUUCUGUAAGGAAAAAACUAUUCCAACAAACUGGCUUUCCACUAUACAGCACUUCUCAUGGUUUUCAUGAGGAAGAUGUCAGAAAGAAACUUCAGCAAUUUACUGGUGGAUCUGUUGACCUUCACAAAGAAGAUGAUGGCAUUGGCAUUCUCACUCUUAACAAUCCAAGUAAAAAGAAUGCAUUCUCAGGAGUUAUGAUGCUACAGCUUCUGGAGAAGGUGAUUGAACUAGAAAACUGGAAAGAAGGAAAAGGUCUUAUUGUCUGUGGGGCAAAAAACACUUUUUGCUCAGGAUCUGAUUUGAAUGCUGUAAAAAGUCUAGGAACCUCAAAGGAUGGAGUUGAAUUGUGCAUGUUUAUGCAAAACACCUUAACAAGAUUUAUGAGGCUGCCUUUAAUAAGUGUUGCUUUGGUUCAAGGAAGAGCAAUGGGUGGAGGAGCAGAAUUUACCACAGCAUGUGACUUCAGACUUAUGACUCCAUCAAGUGAGAUCAGAUUUGUCCAUAAAGAAAUGGGCAUAAUACCAAGUUGGGGUGGAACUGCCCGACUGAUUGAAAUUGUUGGCAGCAGACAAACCCUCAAAGUAUUAAGUGGGGCUCUCAAAUUGGAUUCUACAAUAGCCCUGAAAAUAGGAAUAGCUGAUGAAAUUCUACAAUCGUCUGAUGGAAGUCAAUCUUUAGAAGAAGCAAGAAGAUGGCUACAACAAUUUAUCAGUGGUCCACCAGAAGUAAUUAGAGCUCUGAAAACUGUGGUUUCAUCAGGGAGAGAACUUGCUUUAGAAGAGGCAUUAGAGACUGAAAGAGACGUUUUAAGCACACUUUGGGGUGGACCUGCUAAUUUGGAAGCUGUUGCUAAAAAAAAAAAAUUUAACAAGUAGUUUAUAGAGACCAUAUUUUAUAAACACUUCCCACUAAAAAAUGUUUUAAAAACAUAAGUAUAACAUUUAUAUUGUAUUAAACAUAAGCCGUAGCAAUUUUUCUAUACUGGGAGGAAAUUAUUAUUUGUUACUCUAAUCUGACCUUUAAUCUUGAAAGUUGUUGGGAAAUUGUUUUAUUUUUCAUUAAAUAACCAAGAUCAGAAGACUAAAGAAAAGACUAUUUUUGAUUCUUAUCUAUCAAUAUUAUGUUCAUUCCUUUCCUCUAAGAAGAAUAUAAGUUGGCUACAUGUGCCAAAUAUCUUAUGUUUAUACUGGAAAAUUAGAUUUUGUUAGUUUUGCUUUUUGUUGUUUUUUACAAAGGAAUAAUUAGAUGAGGCAUAUUGGUUAAUAACUGGUGUAACAAACAAGGGACAUGAAUAAAGCUUUUUAGAAAUCUGGUCAAAAGAUCAGCAUUGUGAACAGAUAGGAAACUGAAUUUUAGAAUUAGAAUCUAAAUCCCAUUAGAACUGUGACUUCUGUAACCCUGCAAUCUCUUAACCAUCGCCUCAGCUUCAACUUGUAAAAAGAGGGGGCUACAUGCUGACCUUUAAAGUCCUUUCUAGCUCUAUUUCUAUGAUCCAGUGAUUAAUAAGAAAAAAAAAUCUCUACAAUUACAUAAAUCUCAUCAACCUAUUGAAAAAUAAAAUACUAGUUUCACA